UUGCAGUGUAGGAUGUUUAGUUUAGCGUUAUUUUUCAGUCUGCUCCUUUCGGCCCUGUCCGCGGACAAGCUUAAACUUUCUAUCCUCAUGUUCAGGCACGGCGACAGAUCAGCUAUCGGCAUGAUACCUAGUGAUAUUUAUAACGUGUCAAGUUGGCCUAUGGGCCCUGGCGAACUCACUCCGAUUGGGAUGGAGAACCAUUUGCUGAAUGGCAAGUUCUUCCGAGCUCGCUACACUGAUCCAAAACAGAAAACCUUCCUUGAUUUAGACGAGAAUUAUAAAUAUGGAGAGGUGUAUGCACGCAGUACGGAUAGAGACAGAACCCUAAUGAGUGCAGAAAGUAUGCUUGCUGGGCUGUUCCCUCCUAAAGAAAAUACACUUAACAGCCCCCUUGAUGUAUGGCAACCUAUACCAGUACACACUGUACCGAGGUCUUAUGAACCGAUGUUGGACGGAACACCCGAUAAUUGUGAAUACUGGGCCACCAAUUUCCCUAAAACUAUAAAACAAAACGAAGAGUUUAUAUCAUUCAUGGAAAAUCGAACGCAUUUGACUGAAAAGAUCCUUAACACAACUGGAAUUGAAUACCAAUCGGAUCAAUGGGAAUUGUUCCGCAGUAUUGCCAACGUCUACGAUACCCUCUUUUGCGAGAAAAGUCACAAUAUGACGUACAAAGAUGAGUAUGUUAAGACUGGAUUGUUUGAUUUAGUCACCCCGUACGCUGAUAUGGAUUGGAAAACCUUCGGAAUGAUGACAAACAAAGAAAAGGCUCUUUCUGGAGGUGUUCUGCUGAAUGAGCUUAAGACAAGAGUAAAAGAUGCUGCGAACGGUUCUAGCGAUGUAAAGCUUGUUCUAUUUUCUGGGCAUGACACGACCCUGGCUGCUAUACUGACCACUCUCGGAGUGUACGACUCUGUACAGACCCCCUACGCUACCGUUCUCAUGGUAGAGCUGUGGGAGAAAGAGAAUGGGGAGCAUGAGGUGACUUUCCUUCGUCACCACAAGGAUCAGGACCUGAUUACUUACCAAUUACCUGGGUGCACCGACACUGGCUGUACUCUCGACCAGUUCUACGCUGUGAACAGUGAACUCGACCUGACUGAGGAAGAUUAUCGAGACCAAUGUAGGAUUGGACUACCAGAUCUUGUCCCAAAUAUGUCCAAAAACAUGAUGUUCCUUCUUCUGUGUGUUACCAUCCUUCUCUGUCUCUCCUCCGUCUCCAUGCUAAUAUUCUACACGUACCGAGUUAAACAGAGAGCUGGCUUAUAUCCUGGCUCCGAAUCCGAUCAAGUGAGGGCUCUAUUACAGGAGGAUUACUGAUCAAGGAACUAAAACAACUAAACAAGCCUUCCGUCUCGUCUUUAUACUUAUCUUUUCAAUGACUAAUUAUUAUUACUAAUUAUGAGCUUUUUAUUCUUUUUGGACAUCAGUAUCAGACAUUUGUGUUUCUACGUUUAGAUUCGCUACUGAUUUUUAAAUAUGUUUAAUAAUUCCCCGCUGUUUAGAUGGUAAUCACAGUUUUGAUUAUGACAGUUAUUUCAACGUGAUUAUCAUGAUGCUUGUAAAGUUUAUUAUAAGAGCGAGCUUUUCAGAAAGCAUGUUGUACCAUAUCUAAUCAUUUGAUAGUCGAUUAUGUGUACAGUCAGUAUUUUGAGUAAUUUUAUUUGAAAAUUUAUAAUUAUAUGAAUUUGGGCUGAUUCAUAAAUAUUUGUUUAAUACCUUCUUGCUCUUAUUCUGUCAGCAGAGAUUUUCUCCAGACUUUUGUCUCAUAGCGAUCUGAGCUAAUGUCUGAGACAGGUCAAAGAAGUGGGAGCCAAAGAGGUAUAUGAUUCUGCUGUUACUUUAUAAAUGUAGUUUAGAUAUGUCUAGGUAAUCAUUUAAUAAUUGUAACCGUAUGAAAGAUUUUAAGCUUUUGAUUUCGGUAUUUUUUCGAAGUAACUAUAUCGUGAUGUUAUAAUGUUAUUAUGUAUCACUAAUACCGUAAUCAGAUUAAGUAAUAAAACAUAAAAUGGGGAACUGAGUAACAACCCAGAGAAUUCCAGAUCUCCAAACAUUAUUUACUUACCUCUGUAGCAGCAUAAGAAUAGGAUCUUACCUUUCAAAAGUGGGUACGCUUGCUUAUCGGGAAACGGGAUUUUUAAUUUAACGGGAAUAAUUUGAGAAAUUGCAUUUUUGAGAAAAAUUCGGGAUCCGCUCGAGCAAGCUUGAGAAAAUUUGGGAUCCGGUCUAAAAGGCUGGUGGGAAACUUUGGCUAGUACCGGGAAGAAAAAUACUUUUGAAAGGUAAGCAAAAGAAAUUUAACAGUGAAUUUCGUACAGUUCGCUUUGCCUUGGUGUUUAAUGUAAGGUAUUAGGUAUUGAAAUAAUAAUAUUGUAGCAACUAUGAGUAUGGUGUUUCAAGGCUUUGAACCAAAGAACCAGUUGUUUGCAGUUUGGACUGAUUGCUAGUUCAAGCCUUAAUUGGUUAUGUGAAAAAUUUAUUUGUUGUACAUUGUUUUACUGUAAUUAUUGAUUAAGCAAUGAAA